CAAACGCUCCCAUCAUGAUUCCUAUGGUCUCGUAGCUAUAUCUAUGGAGGUCAUUCGAUCCCACACGCCAAUCUGAAGCUAUCUUUAUGAUGCUAACCAUCAUCGUAACCCAUAUUGUACCCAGCUCCGAAGUAGGGACACGUUAAUCUACAUAAAGAUAGCAGACACCAGACGGCAAACGGCAGACACAGAGAAGUCAGAUCUUCACACUUCAUCCCAACUGCACCACCUCGGGUAACAAGGAUGCCAGCCCGUCCUCACUACUUCCUCGUUCGGCCGGGGGUCAAGAAACAGACCAGCUCAGGCCUCAUCCUCGAGCCCGGGCCCAUCGUGCCGCUCAUUGCCGUGGACCAGCUCCCCAAGUGGCUGGAUAUCAUAGGUCUCCCUCGGGAGCUCAGGCUCGAGCAGACAGUGGGCCUGUCGAACCUGGGCAACGUCGCCAGGGACGAAGACACGUACGAAGUGAAGAUCGCCGACACGGGCCACGGUCAGCACAGCCUGCCGUACAUGACACAAACACCACGAGCCACCGCUGGCGCAACGGGAGGCCCGGAGAGGGCGCCCUCCGGCCCCGAACACGCAGCCGCGGGUGGCGGUCACACGGCCGCAACCAACCCGGCACAGGCGGUGCAUCCAGCAGAACGCAUUCUGGCGCACGUCUCGCCACCACCACCCCUAGGAGCCUCCUUCUCCUCCUCCUCCUCCUCCUCCCGCCCGCAGGACCUUUCCCCGGGUGCCAACCAAACCCCCAAACCCAACCCCAACCCCAACACGCACCUCAGCCCCUCACCCCCUCCCCCGACCAAACCCAACAAGCAACCCACCACCCUAACCCCCUCCGGCCCCAGCCCAGGCCACCCAACCAAGCCCCCCUUCCACCCAAGCCAGUUCUGCCGCCACUGGUGCCACCACGGCACCUGCAAGUGGGGACUGGCAUGCCGGUACCGGCACGCCAUGCCGACGACCGUAGGCGGGCUAGCCAGCGUCGGGCUGCGCGACUUCCCGGCCUGGUGGACGGCGGCCAUGGGGCUCGCGCUGUCGUCGUCGUCGUCCGGCGCCGGCGUGGGGUCCGCGGGGGGCGGUUACGAUGUGCGGAUGGCGGCGCGGAUGGGGAUGUUUGGCGGGAGGAGGGGGAGGGAGGUGAUGAGGGUGGGGAUGGGGUAUGGGCCGAGGAGAGAGAGAGAGAAGGCGGCUAGGGAGGCCAGGGAGGUGAGGGAGCGGGCGGCUCUGGAUAGGGGGAGGGGGAUAGUCGGGGAGGCGGAUGCAGCGCUUGCUGCUGGUUCGGGAGGAAAGGUCACGGUUCUGGAUGGAGGGGGAAUAGCUGGAGGUGGUGCCAGCCGGGGGACGCAGACAGUUCCCGAGGCUGACAAGGAGAGACGGGAGGGGGCAAUGGCGCAGACUCAACCGGCUGUCCAGGAGGAGCCUGAGAAGCUCGUUGACGUCUGACGUGCAAUGAAGUCUUGAGUGUAAGCCUGGAGGGGAGCAAAUGGGACACUAGGUUUGUUAGUUGGUGGCUAGGACCGUCAGCAUGACGCGUCUGCCAACAGGGCCUGGAGUGACAUGCAAUUUCGAACCUGAAGUCGAGAGAACACGGCACUCGGGAUGUUGGCUAUCAACUAAAUCCGGGCCCACAGAACUAUACCAGAAACCCUAACCCUCGCACUUUGAUAGCCUCUAACGCCGAUAA